CAUGUGAAAUCUUCUUAUAUCCAUUUUCAAAUGGACACCAUGAAACUUUUAUCCCUUCUUAAAACCUGCAUUAGUUCAAGGGCAUUGACAAAGGGUAAGCUCAUUCACCAGAAAAUCAUCGUAUCAGGCUUCCACAACAACCUGGCCAUAUGCAAAACCCUCAUCGAUUUUUACUUCUCUUGCCGUUUACAUCGCUCGGCUCGUCGUGUUUUUGACACCAUCGACAACCCAUUAGACAUUUCUUUAUGGAAUUCCCUCAUGGCUGCGUACACUAAGAGCUUCAUGUUCGUCGAGGCUCUCGAGCUCUUUGAUAAGUUAUGGAAACACCCUUUUCUGAAACCCAACGGUUUCACGUACCCGAGUUUGCUUAAGGCUUGUGGUGGAUUGGAGACCGUUGGGUAUGGUGAAAUGAUCCAUACCCAUUUGAUAAAAUUUGGGUUUUUAUCUGAUGUUGUUGUUGGAAGCUCUCUUGUCAGCAUGUAUGCCAAGUGCAAUAUGUUUGAGGAUGUUGCCAAGGUGUUUGAUGAAAUGCCUGAGAGAGACGUUGCCUGUUGGAACACUGUUAUUUCUUGUUAUUAUCAAGAUGGGAAAACGGAAAAGGCAUUGGAAUUGUUUCAGGAAAUGAGGGAGGCCGGAUUUGAGCCUAAUUUGGUGACGCUUACUAUUAUUAUCUCAUCGUGUGGGAGGCUUAUGGAUUUGGAAAGAGGGAAGGAGUUUCAUCGGGAAUUGGUCGAAAAGGGGCUUGUUUUGGAUGGUUUUCUUGGCUCUGCUCUUGUUGGAAUGUAUGGGAAAUGUGGUUGUAUAGAGAUGGCUAGGGUGGUUUUUGAGCAAAUACGAGAAAAGCGUGUGGUCACUUGGAAUACCAUGAUCUCGGGUUAUAGUUCAAUAGGUGAUAGCCAGUCAUGCAUUGAACUCUUUAAGAAGAUGAAUAUGGAAGGCAUUGAACCCUCUUUGACUACUUUAAGCUGCAUAAUAAUGGCUUGUUCCAGAUCAGCCCAACUUCGGUCUGGAAAAUUUAUACAUGGUUAUAUGAUAAGAAGCAUGAUAGAAACUGAUAUCUUUGUUAGCAAUUCCCUAAUUGAUCUAUACUUCAAAUGCGGAAAUAUAUAUUCAGCUGAAAAUAUCUUUAAGUUGAUGCCAAAGACAGAUGUAGUCACUUGGAAUGUCAUGAUUUCUGGAUAUGUCUCCAUCGGAAAAUGUUUCGAAGCUCUUGGCAUCUACACUAGCAUGGUAAAAGCCAGUGUACAUCCGGAUGCAGUAACAUUUACUAGUGUCUUAGCAGCUUGUACACAAUUGGCAGCCUUAGUAAAAGGGAAGGAGAUCCGUAAUUCAAUAAUUGAGAACAAGUUAGAAAGAAAUGUAGUAGUUAUGGGAACACUCCUAGACAUGUAUGCAAAAUGCGGUGCCGUAGACGAAGCGUAUAAAAUUUUCUGUGAUUUACCGGAGAGGGAUCUUGUGUCUUGGACUUCUAUGAUCACUGCUUAUGGAUCCCACGGCCAAGCUCAAGAGGCUUUGAAUCUUUUCGAUAAAAUGUUGCAAUCCAAUGCAAAACCAGAUGGAGUUGCUUUUCUUGCAGUUUUAUCUGCUUGUAGCCAUGGAGGCUUGGUUGAUGAAGGUUGUCAUUAUUUCAAUCAAAUGACCAGUGAGCAUAGUAUUAAACCUCAACGUGAACACUAUUCAUGCUUGAUCGAUCUUCUAGGACGUGCUGGCCGAUUACAUGAAGCAUACAAGAUUCUCCGAAGUACCCCGGAAACUAGAGAGGACGUUGAGUUGCUAAGCACACUAUUGUCGGCAUGCUGUUUGCAUCGGUGUUUAGAGCUGGGGGAGAAAAUUGCAGAAAUGCUAAUCGAGAAAGACCCGAAUGAUUCAUCAACCUAUAUCAUUUUGUCAAAUAUGUAUGCUUCAGCCAAGAAAUGGAGCAAAGUACGCGAAGUGAGAUUAAAGAUGAAAGAGCUGGGACUGAAAAAGAACCCCGGUUGCAGUUGGAUCGAGGUCGACCGGAGGAUCCGACCGUUUUUCGUAGAAGAUAACUCACACCCGGAAGCAAAGAUCAUGCAUGAAUGUCUAUCUAGUCUUAACAGAUACAUGGAAAAGGAUGUCAUGAUGGAAGCUCUCGAAUCAGGCAUAGACUAAGGUGUUAUUUGAUAAAACAGAAAAUCGAGCAUCUGGAAAUCAAGCAAAAUCACAAGGGAACAAUUGCCAUUUACCCAUCAUAUUGAGUUGUUCAAUGAGGUAAAACUUCAGCACCAUCAAGCAGAAAGUGAUGUGAGAAGCUGUGAACAUGCCUCGUUAUGUGUA